AUGGAUGCCUUCGAGUACAAUCCCAACACUGGCCGGGUCAUUUUUGGCAGCGGCACGCUGCAUAAACUCCCAGAUGAGAUCUCUCGCCUGCAAGUGAAGGCCCCGCUAGUGCUCUCGACACCUCAACAGGUCAGCCAAGCCGAGAAAGUCAAGGAGGUGCUUAAGGAUCAGAUUGCCGGUAGUUUUAGACAGGCAGUCAUGCAUACUCCCACGAGUGUCACAGAUGAGGCUGUAGAGUAUGCAAAGACCCAGGGAGCCGACUCAGUCAUUUCUAUUGGAGGCGGAAGCACUAUUGGUCUCGGCAAGGCGAUCAGCAUUCGCACUGGACUACCGCAUAUAUGUAUUCCGACAACGUAUGCUGGUAGUGAAAUGACCCCGAUUCUCGGUGAGACUGCCAAUGGAUUAAAGAAAACUCGCUCGGACCCCGAAAUCUUGCCCGGCACGGUCAUUUACGAUGUGGACCUCACAAUGACCUUACCGGCGGCCAUGAGUGCCACUAGUGGUGUCAAUGCCAUUGCACAUGCUGGUAAAAUAUACCUCAUUAAUCUGCGCCAAGUAAUGAUACACAAAUCUAAUGCGUUCUGGAUAGUCGAAGCUCUCUACGCGCGCAACACUAACCCGAUCAUCAACAUGAUGGCACUCGAGGGCAUACAGGCACUUGCAUCUUCCCUUCCCGAAAUUAUCGAGAAUCCAUCUUCUCAAUCUGCACGAUCCAAGGCCUUGUAUGGUGCUUGGCUCUGCGGGACAUGUCUAGGUAGCGUGGGCAUGUCCAUUCACCACAAGCUGUGCCACACACUUGGCGGCAGCUUCAAUCUUCCUCAUGCCGAAACUCACACCGCUGUACUUCCGCAUGCCAUUUCUUAUAAUGCACCUUACAUCCCCGAGGCUAUGAAGCAGUUGGCCGAUGUCCUGCCGGAUAGCAACGGUGACGCGAUCCACGGUUUAAACGUUCUCUUGACUAAGCUUGAGGUUAAGCGCGGCGUGAAGGAUUUCGGCAUGAAGGAGGAAGAAAUUGAUAAAGCGGCUGAUAGUGCGAUAUCCAACGCUUACUGGAAUCCUCGGCCGAUUGAACGAGCGCCGAUCCGCGAAUUGCUCCGCAGGGUUUGGGCCGGAGAACCAGCCCAGGCGAACUUGUAG